AAGACAUGGGAGAGAGGAAGGUGUUGAACAAAUACUACCAGGUGAACUUUGAUCCAACGAAGAUAACGAGACAAAAACAAAUCGAGAAUCAACAGAUUAAGGUUCGGAUGAUGCUUCCCAUGAGCAUUCGGUACAACACCCGUGGCAAUUGGGACCAAGUUCAAGACGAAGAUUUUAGUGAUGAUUAUGAGGAUUUAACUUUGUUGGACGAAUUGAAAAUUGAAGUUUUUGAAGUCAAGACAUGCAACC